UGCUGAAGACAGUUGAUAGCUCGCUAUGUAUGGACGGGACUACUGCGAAUAAACUAAACUGAUUCGUAAUUUGACGGUCGUAUAUUGCGAAACGUUUAUGGUCUUUUGUUUUGCCUAUCAUUUGAUUAUAUGGAUGGCUCUUUUGCGACAUAAGAAGCUAUGCCUUGUGCAGAUACCCUUGUCAAUGGCGAGGCAUUAACCGUGUUAGCUAGCUAGCUGAGAUUAACUUUUGCCCAACCAUACCCGGUUAGUGUUAGCUAGCUAGCUAGCGAUGUACGUAUGAUAUUGUAUAACGGCAGGUGUAACCUGCUUAGAUGUACAUUUGUUCUGUCGUUGUGAAGAAUUCUCUUAUGUAUAAGACAUGGGUUAGCUUGCUAUUUAGAAAACCUGUGUGGCCGUAUAGCCAUCCACCUGACUGUUCUUGCCGAUAAUCCUGAUAGCUACCCUGAUAAAUCGGCUAUAUUUCCAUUACAAGGUACCUAGCUAAAUAUUAAUUACAGAAGCUUAUUUCCAAACAGUUUUCCUGUCAGAGGUGCGUGCUUAGCACGCUCAUUUUGCAGUACCGUUUUUUUACUUGAUAAUAGCCGGAUUUUAUUUCAUUAGCGUGGAUUCAUAGGCCAGGUGGCCCAAUCCCCUAGAACAGCUUCUCCAUGGUGUUACGCAGACUCUUAAGAAAACGUUGGGUUCUAGGUGUGGUGUUUGGACUGUCACUGAUCUACUUUCUGACCAGCACCCUGAAACAGGAGGAGAGGACAAUACGUGAUCGCACCCUGUUGCAAGCUAGGGACCCCGAGCACCGCAUUGCAUGGAAGGUUCGGUUCAAUUUGGGCAACAGCAGCAGGCAGAUAACGCAGUGUCGGAACUCUAUUCAAGGAAAGACGCUUCUCACGGAUGAACUGGGUUACGUCUGUGAAAGAAAGGACCUGCUGGUGAACGGGUGCUGUAACGUCAACUCCCCGAGCUCCCGGCAGUACAUGUGCAAAAGCUGCCUCCUCAACGGUUGCUGCAGCAUCUACGAAUACUGCGUGUCCUGCUGCCUGCAGCCCAACAAGCAACCCCUCCUGGAGCGGUUCCUCAAUCGGGCAGCAGAUGGCUUCCAGAACCUGUUCACUGCCGUGGAGGACCACUUCGAGCUCUGCCUGGCCAAGUGUCGCACUUCCUCCCAGAGUGUCCAGCAUGAGAACACCUACAGAAACCCGCAAGCCAAGUUCUGCUACGGGGAAAGCCCCCCCGAACUGCUGCCCAUUUGAGGGGGCAGCAACCCUGCGGACGCGGACUCCGCCCAGGCUCUCGCGUGAUUGACAGGGGGGAGGGGAGGGGCCACUGAUGAGCUGACAGGGCAGAACUCCCGACUUCCAACUCCCAAUCCCAGGACGGGCCCCUGUGGCCCAGAAUUGCCGCUUGCAAGAAAGUUGCCGGAACGUUCCAUUGGACAGUAGCACUCGUACGUUUUUUUUUUACACUUCAUAAGUGCAUCCGACGCCUCUUUACUUCAUCAGUGAUGAUUAUCAGAUGUCAUUGACUCAUCGGUGAAGAAUCUCCUCACGCCAUUUCUCCCUCCGGAAGUGAAGACGAGGAGUAUUUUUUACGAAUGACAUCACCGAACGACAUACCGAGCAAUAUUUACCUCUCUGUCUCUGUCAACGCUCUGUGGAUGGCUGUUCAUACAAUGUGACUUAGGCCGUGUAACCAAUGCAUGCAUUCUGUGAAGGAAAACUUAGGCGUUUGACAUAAAUGCUGGCUUCAUGCCUUGAUCUCACUAGUCUCAACCCUCCAUAAGGGUUCAACUCGUUUCAUAAUAAACUAAUGGUCUUAGUUUGGCAUUAUUCGGUCGCUGGAACCCUCCACCAGGUGUGUUCAGUUACCUUUCUUUAAGAAUAAAACUUUUUUACUUUUCAUAAUAGUUAUGAAAGCCUGGCCCUUUCUCCCAGGUACUGCCAUUCUGAAUUGCCAACCUGUCCCAGCUCUGAAAUAAUUUAUUCUGUUUUUUUAACAUCAAUUUUGUAUUUAGCUCAUUAGUCAAGCAUCGUAAUGGAAGAAUUUGAGCUUAGAAAAAAAAAAAGGCAUUUUGACAUCCCACUUCCAAAAUGGUCUCGUAGGAAAUGUGAGGUAACUGGAUGACCUAUAAUACAUUUAUUUAGCAGUUUCAUUUAAGAUAUUAAGUAAAAAUGGGUGAUAUAUUAAACAAUAUACAACCGUUUUUUUGGCAUUUUAUCUGUUGACUGAAGUGUAAAAAGCCUAUAGACUUGACUGCUGCAUUGUUUUGCAAUAAAAAAAAAAAAGUGUUUUACACUGUACUGCUAUAAUCUUCAGUGAUUGAAACAUCUUAUGUGAUUGGCUGAUUUUAAAUGCAAAAGACCUCAGCUUGAAUAAUGAUUCUCGCGGACAGAUGGAAGACUGUAUUGUACGUUGGAUACAUUCCCAAAAAGGGAAGAACAUAUCUUGCUUGAAUUUAAUUGCACCCAUAAACAUUAAUUUUCCUCUC